UCAGCUUGGGCUCCGGCCGCAUUUCUCGGUUUUAAUCAGGCUGGGCUCGUCCCCAUCUGAGCCAGCCCAUUUACCCCACCACACCGUGGCACUUCCACAUCUCGUCUUAUCCUAUUCUCGCCAUAGACUUCUGCCUUUCUAAGCAUACUCCGCUGCCACAGACCACCGUCUCCGCCUUCCACCAAAAACUGAAAGGAGGAUGGCAUCUUGGUGGGUGUACCGCCAUCUCCGGCGGUGGCUGGUGGACCACCCAGCGAUCACCGGCUUCGAAUGGCUGCCCAACGAGACCCCCGGCGCCUCCGUACCCUUCGUCGCCGCCAUCGUCCUCUCCUACCUCUCCCUCACCCUCCUCCUCCAUCGACGCCUCCUCCCCCUCCCCUCCCCCUCCGCCGCCGCCGUCCGCCUCGCCUCCUCCGCUCACAACCUUCUCCUCCUCCUCCUCUCCGCCGCCAUGGCCGCCGGCUGCGCCCUCUCCACCCUCGCCCAGGCCCCCUCACCCCGCUGGAUCUUCUGCUUCCCACCCUCCUCCUCCCCCACCCCGGCCGCCGUCGGCCCCGUCUUCUUCUGGGCCCACGUCUUCUACUUCUCCAAGAUCUACGAGCUCCUCGACACCCUCCUCAUCGUCCUCGCCGGUGGACGCCGCCUCACCUUCCUCCACGUCUACCACCACGCCGGCGUCGUCGUGAUGUGCUACGUCUGGCUGGCGGCAGCGCAAUCGCUGGUUCCGGUGGCGCUGGUGACGAACGCCGGGGUGCACGUGGUGAUGUACGCGUACUACCUAUCGAGCAGCGCCGGGUGGCGGUGGCGGCCGCAGUGGAAGCGGGCGGUGACGGAGCUCCAGAUCCUGCAGUUCGUGUUCAGCUUCGCCGUGUCGGUGGUGUUCCUCUGGUACCAUUUCGCCGGCGGCGGGUGUAGAGGGAUGAAGGGGUGGCUCUUCAACGCCGUCUUCAACGCCUCGCUCCUCGCCCUCUUCCUCAAUUUCCACAAUACCGCCUACACCACCGGCGGCAAGAGGAGGGAGGACAAGGGCGAGUGAUUGGAUCCGGUUUUCUUUCUCAUGCGUCGACGGGUUACGUGGUGCGGGAUUGGUGGGUUUUCUGUGGGGCCGUGGACACGUUCCUAUGCUCCCUUAUUUUUUUUAUUUUAUUUUAUUUUAUUUUCUUUUUACGAACGAAAAGCCACAUCAUUUUGGUGUGAGAAUUUAUUUAAAAAAUAAAAAUAUAAAAAAUCUCGUAAGAUCAAAAAAUAAAUAUCAUCCUGUAUUCAAAUCCAUUCAUCAGAAUAUUUCACCAUAAAAAUUGCAACCCAAUCUAUAAUAAUAUUUAUCUUUCGAUAGACAUGCUGUAUUUAGAAUGCAUAGUAGUUCAGGCAUCUCGAAUGAAUGGAUGAGCCUUCAGAUAUUUCAUCUUUCUUUAGAUCUAAGAAAUAAUAGUAGCAGUAUCAUCUUUAAUGCAGAUCUUAUCCAUUUGAAGCUGCUGUCCAAUGAAAAUGACGUCCGAUCAAUUGAUUUUUUUAUAUUUUUUGUAAAAUAAAAUUCAAAAAAAAUAUAAUUGUUCGUUUCUUUUAUUUUUUAUUUUUGAUUGAGUCGUAAGUCGUAACUGGUAGUCUGUGACGCUGACUGAGCCAAGAAUCAUGGGCUAGCUUUUUAAGUGUGGAGUCAGGUAAAAUAUUCGGCGCUCCAUUGUAUUGUAUUAAUU